CUUAUGUGUCUAGACCUAGAACAGCUGUAUGCAGGGGCAAACUGACCAUUUGGAAACUCGGGCACUGCACAAGGGCCCGGGGUCAGUAGGGGGCCCCAUGAGAUGCCCCUGGUACCUUUUUCAUAGGCUUUUUUGAGUUUGGGCAAGGACACAGGGGCCCCAUGAUCCCCUAUUGCCCAGGUGCCCCAUGAGUUGUCAGUCCGCCCCUGGCUUCUGCCCCUGCUAAUGACUCAUCAGCUGUCAGUGGUUUCCCUAUUGACAGCUGA